AUGUCUCUCUAUACUUUUGCCGAUACAACCCGUCAGACAAUCAACAAGUUCCGCUUCGCCUCUGCGCGAGCCAAAAACCCACAAGCUUUGAUUCUUAAGAUUGCUAAAACUGAUCAAGUCAUCUCUAUUGAUCCCUUUGACGAUGACACCCUCAUUAUCUCCUCCAUCGAUGACCUCCGUGAAACUCUCCCAGAAAACGCCCCACGUUUGGUUCUGCUCUCUUACCCACAUGUUCUCCCAGACGGAAGACUCACCGCCCCAUACGUCAUGCUGUACUUCCGCCCGCCAACAGCUUCACAAACCCUUCUCAUGAGCUAUGCUGGUGCCGUUGAGCUUAUUCGUAACGAAUCUAAUGUUUCCAGAGUAAUUGAAUUCGAAGAUGAAGACGAUCUUGAUGACAUUGAAGCUCUUCUUUUUUAA